AUGCGUCCACCCCGCCAUCAUCAUCCAGACGACCAGCAACAACAACGAAAGGAAGGGUGUCAGAGUCAAAUGGAGACCUCGCCGCCGCCUAGUCUGGGCAUGUCCCCCGCUUCAAGAUAUAGACACAACCUCAAGGUUCUAAGGAGGCGUGACCCCUCGAUUAUAUCCAUCUUUGACCAGUUCAGCCAUGUAUGCGUCUAUCAUCACGAUGGGAAGAAAUGGGAAAAACAUGGGUAUGAGGGAAGCAUGUUUUUAUUCGAGAGGGACGUUUACCCGCCAUACGGAUUCUACAUCCUCAAUCGCAUGGGCAUGGAAGACUACAUCCAACACAUCUACCCCGAAGACGAUAUCUCCGCUCAUGGAAGUUAUCUAAUCAUACGAUCAUAUCCCGACUAUAUGGCCACGCGCAUGGCGGGGAUACAAGCCAAGCUGGAGUUGUUGCCGGUCCCACCGGACAAGUUUGCGGAUGUGUACAAGAUUGAGGGGAUCGAAGAGUUGGAUAGCAAGAUUAAAGGCCGAUCCAGCAUUGUGGGGCUGUGGAUGUUUGCUACGGAGUCGAUGAUUGAGGUUAUGAGAAGAUUACACUCGUUCAUCCAAAAGAACAUUCCGUACCCUGAAGAAUUCCGCUACGGACCCGUCAGGCCACCUCCACCACACCGUCUACGAGCAGUAACAAAGUCUUCUUCUUCCCAAUACGGCACAAGCUCAGACGCAUCCGCCUCCGACUCCCAAGCGUCCUACUCGGACAGCGAACACUCCUCAGCAGGAGGAGCCGUAUCAGAAGUCGACAAACUAUUCGCAAAAUUCGUGCCUACCGCUCCUCCUCAUCCCACCGCAUCAUCCUCCACGAUGACAUUCCCAACAUCCACAUCAAACAUGACUCUAGAAUCAUUAUUCGCCGCUUUGGGCGGGCCGGAAAUCGUCGGUCCUGCCCCUCCUCCUCUAGCACCCGCGUCAACGUCAAGUACGGGUAUCAAUUUGCUAGACAGCAUAUUCGCGUCUGCAGCUAACCUAUCCGCCCUUUCUCCUCAUCAACCACCACCACAACAAGGGGUAUCUGCGUCACGAAAGAUCUUCUCACCUACACCCUCUACCACCCAAUCCCAAACACAACCCCAAGCCCAAGUUCUGAACCAAGAUGUGAUCAGCACGUUAUUGGGCUUACCGCCCUCACGUACACCCUCAGCUGCAUCGAGCAGCCAUCCUAGUUCUAGGGAGGGGGAUGAUGAGGAGGAGGAGGGGUCGCCUGUUAGUGGACGUGGUAAUGGGCUCCUAAGCGUGUUGGGGAAUGGUGGGGUGAGAAAUGGAAAGGUGAAUGGGGAUGUUACGCCGCGUGCGUUCUUGAAUGGGCGGUGUCAUACCCAUAGGGCGGACCCUCCGCUGGGGAUUGAGGCGACUUCGUCGGUUGCUACUAUUAGGGGGCUGGAGUCGUCUUCUGGGCCGAGUGUGCUUCGUGCGUCCACGCACCAGGGCGCGAAUGCCAAUGCGUCCGCGCACCACCAGGCGGGUGCGAGCGUGAAGCCAAGGGCGAAUAGGGAACUGGUGCCGUUCGAAGCUGAUUCGGAACUGUGGCCGUACCCGUCAAUACAACACAAGGAAGAGGAAGAGCAACAUGACCCGAGAGAGGAGGAGGAGGAGGAGGAGGAGGAGGAGGAUAUCGUUGAGCUUGAUUUUGAGGAAACGAGUGUGUUGAGUGAUUUGGAUGCGUUUAGGAGGGCUUUGAGGGAGCAGAAGAGGGGUUUGGGAUCGCGGAAGGAUGGGCAGAGCUCGCAUAGUGGUGUUGUAGAAGGGAGCAGCUCACGAGAAAAGGGGAAGGGGAGGAAGAAAAAGACGACGAGGAGGGAGAGGGAUAAGAGGGAGAGGGAGGAGAUUGAGAGGAGUUGGGACGUUCCUGGGUUUUGUGCGCCGCGGGAGCCGGUGCAGGGGGUGCAGCAAGGGCACCAGCAGCAACAACCUCAGCAGCAGCCUCAGCAAGUUAAACCCACGACGACGACGAAGUAUCUUACGCAGGCUGUUACUUCGCCGCCUGCUUCUCCCUCGCCGCCUUUGUCGCCUUCUCUUGAAGAUACGACGCCGCAGAUGCCUGUGUAUGUGCCGCCUCAGAUAUCGGUGCAUACACCUCCGUCUCCGAGGUCUGUAUAUACGCCGCAAGUGCCAGCGGAUAUGCUUCCCAAGUCGAUCCAUACGCCCCAAAUGCGUGUUCAUACGCCUCCAAGAUCGGUGCACACUCCUGCGCAUACACCCUCACCGAGGAGGAUACCCUCGUCGGACAUGAUGACGCCUACUAUGUCUGGAAAGACUAAUGGGGGUGGUACCGGGAAGGGGAGUAAGGUUGCUUCAAGUUUGAAUGGAUCUGGGUCGGCUGCCAAGGUUAAUGGGAAUGGGCAUGGGCAUGUUGGUGUGGAGGAGAAAGAUGGAAAUGGAAAUGGACAUGAUUUAGUCCGGGGAAGUAUUGUGGCUGCUUUGAAUGCCCAGCCGAGACUCGGAGUCGCGGUGGGGAUGGAGAGGAAUGAGUUUGUGAGGGAGGUGUUGACGCUCAUUCAUACUGACAGGGCGUUUGUGGAUACGCUUUGGCAAGAGUAUUUGGCGCGGUUGCAGUGA